UCAGUAGAAUCAUACAACACCCUGAGAUAGAAGGGACCCGUUGGGAUCAUUGAGCUGGACUCCAUGGGUGAUCCCUUCCAAGGGAAGCGCUUGGAGUGGCGACCAAAGGAUUAAAUAUGGGCCAGGUGCUGUUUGCCUCCACCCAAAUUGCUGGGAGCAGGGCCAGCCCAACGAAGGCAGCUUGAAUUAUGCGGUGAUGGCGAACCUAUCAACUCCUCCAGCCUGGACCAGAGUCAUCAACAGCUCCUUUGUUGCAGGCAAUGCUGACAACAACACCUACAGGUGUGUGUUUGAUGAGGACUUCAAGUACGUCCUGCUGCCCGUCUCCUACGGCAUCGUGUGUGUGGUGGGGCUCUUCCUCAACCUGCUGGCCCUUUAUGGCUUCAUCUUUAGGAUCAAGACCUGGAAUGCCUCCACCACGUACAUGUUCAACCUGGCCGUGUCCGACACGCUCUACGUGGUCUCCCUGCCCCUCCUGGUGUAUUACUACGCCAUGGGGGACAACUGGCCCUUCGGAGUGGGUUUGUGCAAGAUAGUCCGCUUUUUGUUUUACACCAACCUCUACUGCAGCAUCCUCUUCCUCCUCUGCAUCAGCAUCCAUCGCUUCCUGGGCAUCUGCUACCCGCUGAAGUCCCUGCAGUGGGGACACGUCCGCUACGCCCGUAGGGUGUCUGUCAUCAUCUGGGUGGUGACCGUGGUUUGCCAGUUGCCCGUUCUCUUCUUUGUCACCACCAGCACCAGACGUGGCACCAUCACCUGCCACGACACAUCCAGCAAAGACCUCUUUGGCCAGUUUGUCAUUUACAGCUCGGUGAUGAUGGUGCUUCUCUUCUGCAUCCCCUUCCUCAUCAUCAUCGUCUGCUACUGCCUCAUGGCCCGCAGGCUGUUGCAGCCCACACGGGGCAUGUCCCGGCUCUCCCGAUCCAAAAAGAAGUCGGUCAAGAUGAUAAUCAUUGUCCUCGUGGUCUUCAGCGUUUGCUUUCUUCCUUUCCACGUCACCCGUUCCUUGUACUACUCCUUCCGGAGCUGGGAUUUGAGCUGUCAGACCCUCAAUGCUAUAAAUUUAGCCUAUAAGGUGACCCGGCCCCUGGCCAGCACCAACAGCUGCUUGGAUCCCGUACUGUAUUUCUUAGCAGGACAAAGAUUUAUGAAGCUCACAGGCAACAAAAUACCGUGGAAGCCUCAAAAUGAGAUGGCAAUGGGGUCUGUGCCCAACGGUCCCCUGGGAACCAGCAAUGACACGGACACGACGUCCAAGGAAGUGAAAUCCUAGCUCUUCCCCACUCUGUGGCAGUGGAAGGGUUCAUCCCACGUGUGAUGGGAGGUGAGGAUGCUUCAGGGCCAGAGGCCUAUGGUGUUUGCAGUGCUUGGCUCCCAUGAGUAUUGCUGUCUGUGGCAUGCAUUUUCAGGGAGGUGACACCACGGUGACAGGGACAGGCACCGUCCCUCUGCCUCUUUCCCUGCCUGUCCAUCAACAUGUGGCCCCUCCCCAGCGGUCAGCCUGGCUGACCUUCCAGCGUGGUUGCAAAAUCUGCUAAAAUUCACACCCUGGAUGCCUCAGACUGUUUUCUAAAGAAGAAAACGCUGCGUGCAAAAAAAGCCCCGUAGAGAAAUCGGUCUGCUUUCCUCCAGGUUCCCUGGCACAUAAGGAGCGUGCGUUUAUCAGAAGUCUUUCCAUGCCUUGGCAUGGGAAAAAAGAGUUUUGAUUCACGGGGAGUGUCAGCUGUGGUUGUGAUAAACAGGUUGAUAAAA